UAUCACAAAAGAAAAAAAAUAUUUCAUGGGCUUUUGUGAUCAUGACGACGUUGGCGUAUUACAAAUUUAAGAGAGAGAGAGAGAGAAUGGGGUCAAAGCAGCAGUUCUAUCUGUAAUGAUUUCGGGAAGAUCAGAAGCUCGUGAUGAGAAUUUUUCUUUGCAGGGUAGAACAGUAGCAGAUUAGCAGACCCCUAAGGAAUUUUCAGGCCCUUCAGCUUCGUCUCUUCCUUUUCUCGUGAUCUCUUCCACAGCCCUCCUUUUCUUUCUCUCUCUCCAUAUAUUGUUGCUUUAAACCUAGACAUUUCCAACGGGAUUGAAAGCCUUCAGCAUAUAACUCCUCAGAACCAAUCUCAGCUGUCGACAAGCCUUUUGGAUUUGCGGGGUGUUGUUAGCUGAGGAAGAAAGUUAGUAUUGAUAGCAUACGGGAAGCAGAAAAGGGAAAAAAAAAUGGGGAGCUGCGGUAGGAAUGGAGCCGUAAGGCAGUAUAUCAGAUCAAAGGUGCCGCGUUUGAGGUGGACUCCUGAGCUUCAUCACUGUUUUGUUCAUGCCAUUGAGAGGCUUGGAGGUCAAGACAAGGCUACUCCUAAGCUGGUGCUUCAGUUAAUGGAUGUGAGAGGACUCACCAUUUCACAUGUGAAGAGUCAUCUCCAGAUGUAUAGAAGUAUGAAGAGUGAUAUUGGCAGACAAGAUAGGAGUUCCACCCAACAAAGAAAGCAAUCUUUUGAGGAUCAUGAUGGGUGUGUGGAUGAAGAAACUGGCGAUGUUGGUUUUCACCCACCUUUAAAAUCCAUUGAAGAAUCGGAUUCUCAGUUUAUCUACAGUCCACUCCGUGCCAAAAGAGCUCGAAUCGAGACGAUGAGUUCCAUCUCAGAGAACCUGCAAUGCAGCCAAAGAAUAUGUGAGACAGUCGCAACUCCGUACAGUUUUGAUGAUUAUCUGGCUGAGAAAAGGGGAAUAAAGGAGGGUGGUGGUUUCAGGUGGCAGACCCAGGCUCCCUCCCCAGCCUUCCCUCUGCCCCACGAUCUUUACAACCUCAAUCCUUUCGGAUAUGCUGCGGAAGAAUCUGAUUUCCUCAAGAUUGCCAAGCUAGAAGAUCAAAAGCAUGCUGCAGCCCAAAUGAAUAAAAAUGAGGAUAAUGAAAGGAGACCAGCGGUUGGCGCGGAAGCUGGUGGUUGUGGGUUAUCGUUGUCGCUCUCGUUGCAUCAUCCCUCCACACAGAGAAGUAAUGCUUCUUCGACGAGCGAGAUCAGUGAGGCCUUCUCAUCAUACCCUAGGUCUAACUUCAAAGACAGCUUUGGAUCUUAUUCAGAAGAACGCAGUAUUAAUUUAGACCUAUCCAUUGCUCUCUGUGGCAUUUAAUGUCACUGUAAAUUUUCAAUUCUAGUGAAAUUCAUCUUCCUCUUGAUCUUUCCACAUUCUUUUUCUUCUUUCAUUUCUUUCUCUCGUUUUUUUUUUAAAUCUUUGGCCAUUGUUGUAUGCUUUAGCUUUUGUAAUCAAUCUUCGGGUUUUGAUGAAAUAUGACUUUGUGAGCCAGAAUUUCUUACA